AUGGCCUUAACCAAGUCUAUCGCUAUUGUCAUCAGUAGUACUCGUCCUCAGCGCCUUAACCCUUUUGUUGCUGGUUAUGUCGCCUCUAUCAUCAAAUCCGUUCCACAAACGACUGCAAAUGUGGAAUUGCUCGAUUUGGCAACCGUCAAUCUUCCCCUAUACAACGAGCCUGUAGUACCAGGAGAUCUUCCAGCUGAUGAUCCCACUCCUCAUUAUCACUACGAAUACACUCGCGCUUGGUCAGCUCUUGUUCGCAAAUAUGACGGAUUCAUCUUUGUUACCCCGCAGUACAAUUGGUCUAUUCCGGCGAGUUUGAAGAAUGCUUUGGACUAUGUCUUUCAUGAGUGGCGUGGAAAGCCUGCUGCGAUUGUGACAUAUGGGUUUAGAGGUGGUGCUAAAGCUGAACCCCAUUUGCGCGACAUCCUGACCGGUCUACGGUUGGUUACCGUUGAAUCGACUGUGGCGCUCAAGAUUGUUAAAGGAGAGCCGGGAGAGAGGGAGAAACAGAUGGAGGAGAUUUGGCAAAAAGAUGGAGCAGACCAAAAAAUAAUAGCGAUGUUUGCUAGUUUGUUGGACCACUUUGAAGCAAGGAAUUAGUGAUACGGUAUUUGACGGUAUCCAACUCAAUAGCAGCUGCUCUGUACAUAGAUAUACAUAUAUGUUGUUCG